GGUCAUUCUAUUUUUCACAACAAUUCCACCACCAGUAGUCGCGUGGUCUACUUUCUCCCUAUGUGGUGUGAUGUAACUGCACUGUUGUUUUCAUGAACUGAAUCCAUCGUUAUCGAACUAUCCUUGUUUCUGUUUUUGCAACGAGAACACGUUUUAUGCUCUUUAAAAUCAAAAUUUUGCGGCAACAGAAUCCAUUUAAGGUUGAACCUUUUAUUUUCACGCUGCUUCAGCCUUAAAAAUGUCGCUGAACACCGAAGAUUGUUCCGAUGCGAUGAACAGUUCUCGCCGAGACUAUGAACCUCUGCUAAACACUACCACAGAGCCAAGCACUUAUCUCCUCAGCAACGAUCUACGGAACCAGCAUAGAAAGAACACACCUUGGUUGUCACUGAGCAGUAUAGCGACUCUCUUGUAUGCAUUUGUGGUCGUCAUCGGUCAAGUUACGCAAUAUGUCACUCUGCCGAUGUGGAUCGACAGUACCAAGAAUGUGACUUCAUCCCAGAACCAAACUAUUGAGUGGACACCAACAAUAGACAGCUUCUUCGUUUUAUCUUUUGCUUCAUCUGUUUUUGUGACUGUGUUUGGUUCUGCCUUAGUUAUUAAUAUCUUUGUUUUUAAGCAAUACUCAAUCCACAAGACAGAUUGGAAUCAUCGCCGUGUAUUUUUAACGGUUGGUUUCUUUCAAGGACUUGCUGCAGUAUUUAUUGUGUUUUCUAGUAGUGGAGAGAGAACUCCGCCUUAUCUACAAGCUAUCCUUGGAAACUUCUCAAUUCCUAUAACACUGUUAUUGAGGUAAAUAUUUCUCAAUCUGUUUUGACUACACUCAAGUUGUUAUUCAGGGGUACCUGCAGCCAGCAGUUUUUGUCAAGAGGAGGGAGGAGGGGGAGAGAGGAGGGGGGAAGUGGAACUCCUGAAACCUGAAUUCCAAAUGUUUUAGAUGCCACGAUGAUAUUGGUAUUUACCAAUGAGAUUAUUUCUUCUUAAGAGAUCAAGAAUUUCUCCUGUGGUGAAGUCAGUAGGUCAGAGCAAAGAUCAGCCUGUAUCAGGAGAAACCACAGACAGUACAUUGCUCCAUCCAUAUAUUUUCUCAACAUAAAGCUUGGUGUGUUAAUAGAACAAGCUAGACUAUGUUGAUGGGGUUCAUUCCAAAAGUGAUUUAAGCUCUUUAACUAUCAAGAAGGUGGUAAAGGGUUUUAACAUGAUGGAUAAGUAGGUCCAAAAUUGAUUAGUGCCCUAAGAAUUUUACAGAAAGGCAAGAAAAGGUGAGAUUUGAAGUUUUCCCUUUUCUUUUUCAUGGAAUUUGAAAUACUGUGUUCAGUACAUGAAACAGGGAAAUCUUUCCAAGAUAUUUGUGCAUGAAAUGGGAUUAGAAGUCCCCUUCCCCCUUUGUUACCCUGGUAACCAAGUAGGUACAUGUUGUCAAAGUUACCUAUGGGCACAUUUCAUUUCAAUUCUGGACUGCAUAAUUGCAAGAUAAACUUCUGCUCAAAGUGAGAUUGCCACUUAUGUAAGUCUGAAAUUGUGGUAAAGGAUAGGUAGUAAUGAGAUUGAGAGACUAUAGUCUCCCAGAAGGAUAAUUUUACAACCCACUCUCUCUCUCUCUCUCCUGCACCUUCUUUGCUAAAUGUAUAUGAAACUUAAUCUGUAUUCAGGUGUUCCUUUAUUUCCUCUGUCUAAUGAUAGCACUUGACAGUAGGCACAAACAAAAAGUAGGAAAGAAAAAGGAGAAUAACUAAUCAUAUCCUGGGCAAAAACAUCAUUAUGUUUCAUAUUACACUAGAGGAAAACAAGGGAUGACUGGUCACAGGUUUUCUUGCCUUGUUCAAAUGUUGUUCCUUGGCCUGUGUGACCUCAUUCUUAUUUUUUCCUUCUCACAACAGAUACCUCUUUUUAAAGAAGGUUCCUACAAGGAGAAAGUUAUUAUCUGCCAUUGCAGUUGUCCUUGGACUUUUUAUCUCUCUUAUUCCAACUUUCUACCCACAUAUUGAUCCUCGAGCUGUAAGACAUCUUGGAGGAGCUACUGGUGCAGGAAGAGUCUUAUGGCCUUUAGCAUUUAUGCUUGGAUUUGUAAGUCAAGAUUAGUAUUUAAAUGCUAAUAUGAGGGGUGACAUUUGUAAAACCACUCCUUGCAAAUGUAUUGCAAAAAUGACGGCAGAAGCAGGGUUGUGUUUCUUAUAAUGUUCUUCACACUUAGUAUAGAUGUUAAAUUUUUUUUCUUAUCCCUUAAACUCCCAUGAGUGACCAAGACAGAAUUUUUCCUUACAAUAUCAAUACAAUAUCAAGCAGACAAGUGAUGAGAAUAAAGAAAAAUAUCAAUUAGGGGAUUAUAAGUUGAUCUAAUCCCAAAUUCUCCCAACUAACAUCACAAGAAUUGUAUAGCAGACAGCAAGGAGAAUUACUAAUGAGAUCUUGGGAGUUAAAGGGUUAACUGAAAGAGGUCAAUAAUCUUCUCUUUGAGACACCUUUCCUAACUUUGAGUGGCCUACACUGUGACUGGUAAAGGCUAAUAUUCAAUUGAAAUGCUUCCACAUGGUGUUUGUUAAAAAAGAGCUUAUUGAAUAGAAAGAGAGGAGAAUUCACACCAAUUUCACCCCCUGAAUUGUUGCCCUGAGGUAUAACAAAUACUGUUUACAGCAGUUUCAACAAAGUUUGUCAAAAACAGGGACCUUGCAAUUAUGUUUCUCAGAUUUCCCUGAAAUCCUUUGGUCAAGGAGCCAUGACCUGAAAACCUCCCACAAAAUGAAUACCUUUUGGGGUUGUCAUCUGCACUUUUACUCUUCUUUUGACAAUCUCUCUCAAAACAGGUGUAAUUAACAUUAACUGAAAAUUUGUUCUUGUUUUGUUUUGAUUUUGUUUCUCUUUGUAAGGGGAUCUCAGCCCUUUCCUUUGUUAUGGAGGAAAAAGCUAUUAAGUUGCGAGGAAGCAAUCAAACUCAAGCUGGCUUAGUAUCUUUCCUGUUUUGGACGUCACUGGCACAAUUUCUUGUUUUGUUGCCUCUAUUCUGGGUGGAUAUCAUUCCUGGAGUCGGACAGACCAGGAACCUUCAUGAAUUUAUUCAAAAGUGAGUAUGGGAAGUUAUUAUUAGUUGGGAAUUACCAAGCAAUGCACAAAACUUUUGAAAAUAAAUUGCAAAUUUAAAAAAGGGGGCAAUUUUUUAUUUGCUGUUUAGAAUUUAUUUUGAUUUUUAACUUAAUCUGCCAUCUAAUAUCUCCGUACAGUAUCACCUCUGAAUCAAACAUUAUGUUAUGAGAAUAAAGGAUUGACCACUAACUACAGAAGCCCUGGAUUGUUUGUCAAAUUCCCUUUGUUAACCCUUUACUCCCUAUCAUCAUUAUGCAUUUUCUCCAUACUGUUCUGUAUACAUUUCCAAAGGUGCUAACAAGGAGAGUUUGUGUAACAAUCAAGAGCUUCUUAAGUUGGUGAUCAUUUUCUUCAUUCUCAUGACCUUAAUGUGUGAUUCAGGGGUGAUAUUGUAAGAAGGAAAAUGAUGUUAGUCACUCUUGGGGGUUAACAGGUUAAUAGGAGAUGUGCAGAGAAAAGUGUGAAGAAUAUACAUGCUGAUUUUAGGGUGUAAAGGGUUGACACACUUGUAGAAGUGUAACCAUUUAUUUGAUAGUGUUUUUAGCAGUUGCAUAAUGGUCAUUAGACCUUCAGAGGAAUCACAUAUGUACCUAGACAAUUUUUGCUCAAUGUGAACUUGCCUUUAAAAAAGUGGCCAUGUCAGCUCUUCUACUCCCUCAGUCAAAUGAUCUCCUUUUAAAUCCAAAGUCAGAAAAUAUGUCCACAACCAGGUAUCUAAUAUUUUCCUGCGAAUUUUAUUCAGUUGGAUUUUUGGGAUCCAGUGCAUAUUUGGUGGAGUAGGAUGUUCAUGGUCUCCUGGUGUCCUUGCAUUCUUGUUCAUCACUGGUUAUAUUAUGGUUGUCUGUGGUUGUGCAUUGCUUCUCCGAUAUUCAGAGGGAGCAACAUUACUUGCAAUUGUCAUGGUGAGUUUCUCAACCCCAUUAAAGCCUGCAAGUGACCAGCAUGUAAUAUCUCCUUACAGAAAUACUGCUGAAUCAUUCAUAAAGAUCACAAGAAUUAAUGAAAUGAUUGCAAACCUAAGAGGCUUUGAUUGUUAAACAGAUUCUCCUUUCCAGAAGCUUAGGAAAUGUCUAGAGAAGAGUAUAGAGAAUAUGGAUUAACCGAUGUUUAGGUUGCAAACAAGUCUUUUGCAUACUAUGUAUGUACCAAUUGUAGAAACUUUGGAAAGACACAAGGUUGAUUUUGUUCCAAAGUGAAAAUUCUGAUGCUUAGAGUUAAAAAUCCAUGUUUUUUUUAAAACUUGAUGAAUAUUAAGAUUAGCUGUGUACAAAAACUUUUUGUUACUCAUGUAUUCUGUGGGAGGGGCAAGUUUGAGAAUUCUAAUUUUACUUAGCCACAAGUUACACUCAAGGUUCCAGAGUGCUUGAGUGAGGUAGAGUUUGGCACAUGUAGACUUUGAGAAGUAACUGAAAGGCAAUAUGUGAAAACUCUUUGUGAUAUGGAGUACAUUUUUUACAUGUAUACUUCUCAUAUAUCUUUGACGGGCAUAGUUGAUGUACACUUUUCAUGUGAAUUAGAGUAAAAAAAAUCCUUGAUAUUGUAAUAACACCAUUCACUUCAGACAUUUUUGUUCCUGUUUUUUCCUGUAUCCCUUAACUUUGACCAAGGUUUGGUGCCUUGCACCAAAUAUGGGCUGUUAGACUUCACUCAACUCACCUCCAUUAGUUACUUUUUGUAUUCUCUCCUUUCAAUCUUUAGGCUCUUUGUACACCCCUAGGAUUCAUUUUCUGGAUGUUGUUUCAAGAAAAACCCUUCCAGUGGCAUCCCUACUUUCACACUAGUUCCUGGUUCAAUAUUUCUGCUUUAAUCAUCAUGAUCCCAGCAGUGUUCAUUUACAACACAGGGUAAGUUUACUGUCAUGGCAAUCGAACCAAUUACAAUUAAAGUUGCUGGCACAUUCAUACAAAUUUAAAAUUAAAAAAAAAAAACUUUAAUUACAGGGAAUGAUAAACUUAAAAAAUUACAAUAAUUGAGUCUAUGUUAAUAUUGAUGAUCUUGCUAUUUUCUAACUUUUUUAUACAAAUCUUACCCCAUCGGGUACAUUUUUAGAACAGUUUGAUCACAAACUGUGCAUGUUUUUAGCUAUGAUUUAAAGGUGGCAGCCCAUGAAAUCAUUCCCUUUUCAAUAGAACUAAAAAGCUGAGCCAUGGAAAUGAAAUAGCAGAAAAAAACAUUCUUUGCAACUGUUAUUCCAUACUGCAUUAUGAAAUACUUGCCAUUUUAAAUACUAGUAAUUCAGGUCAGCUUAUUUUUUAUUUCUAUUGGUUGAAACCUAGAAUGCCAGAGAUGGAAAGAGAGGAAUUACAGUAACUGCUUCAGAUGAAGACGAUCAAAUCAAAGGUCACUGAAAGAUGAACUUUAGUAUUGAUCAUACUGAAAGUUGAUAUGAAUUUUUUAUAUAAUCAUUUGAUAAUUAUCUUUGCUGGUGAAUUUCUUUGUUGUAUGCCUGCUUGUUUCCAUGGUAUCGAAUUCAGUUUUCUGUGAAAAUAAUCUUUGAUUUUUAACUUUUGUAAGGCUCCUUUCAAAAAUUGUAUGGAAACAAAAAAAUUCCACAAUAGGCAGAACUUUAGAGUGUUCCAUGAUCUAGGGCAAAAAUUGAUAUAAUUUUAUACCAGGCAGUGGAAGCAAAAUUCCCUUGUGCAAGCUUAAAUUUAGUUAAGCUUUACAGAUUAAAAUGCAUUUAUGUAAUUAGUCAUCUCCUAUGCAGCCAUUGUUUGGUCUCAUCAUGCACACUCCCCCAUCACUCAUUACUAUGUCAUGAGUUGCAGGAUGUUUUUCUAUUAUUUUUUUGGUACAUCAUAAUACAUGGUGAAAGACAAAUUUAAAUCUAUUUAAUUGUUUUUGUAAAUACACUCACCAAGAGUACAAAACAUGAUAUAAAACUUCAAUCAUGGUAGUUGCUUUGUGGAAUUCAAUGCUACAAGGAAUUGAUUACAUUUAUCAGCAACCUCAUAAUAA